UGAGCCAUGAAAAAAUGGAAAUACUUGAAGUUGAGUUGGCAGAAGACAGAGAGAGGAGAAAGCAAUUGGCAUCUGGCCUUAAUACUGUACAGAAAGCCUUGAAAGUUGAAAGUGAGGAGUUGCAAAAAUCAAAAUCAGAACUUGUAGACCUUUAUAAAGAAAUUCAAAGUCUGCCAGGAGCAGCAGAAGGCAGAGACCAUUUUUUAAUAGCAUAUGACCGGCUACAAAGAGAGAAUUCUGAAUUAGAAACAAAGGUCUUGGAGCUUUCACAAGAAUUUGAACAGUUAAAUCACAUUACUGUAGGGGGAAAAACACCAACUGCUAAUUUAAUUACAAGUGAGAAUACCUGUAAAGAUCUUGUGUGUAAACCACCCAUUUUGGAAGUAGAGAUUCAAAACCCAAAGGAAGAGAAAGAAGAAUUUGGGUAAAUUGAGAAGAAUCCCAUAUCACAUUAAGUAUUUUAGUGGUGCAUUUUAUUUGGUUUGACCAUGGUA